CCGGGUGACUGCUUUUGUCUCGCCAGCGACUCACUCACUCUUCAUCUCAUCUUACACCCGAUUGUCGGCUUCUCUUCUUCUUUUCCAUCUAGCUGCGUUUCUGUGCAUUGUCGCAUCAUCCUGAGUUUCUGGCCCUAGGACCCCGAUCCAGCCCCCGGUAUCCAUCCAAUUCGUCGCAGCAGCCAGGGGGGCAAAAGCCGAGGAGCCAAACAACGCAGGCCCAACAACGCCUGUGCCGUAUAUUGCCAUUUCUUUCUUUCAAACGGCACUGUAUCUCUGCCAGAGCUCGGCAGACUCGACGCUGAGAAGAUUCUAAAGGAGCCCUGUAUUGCGCUGCAGUUACGGUUGUGCUGCAGCAUCCGAGGUGUGGUGGAGACGACUCGCUACUCUCCUGAGGCGCAGAGGCAAACGGGCUCAACUGCCUUAUCCAUCGCCUCCGCUGUCGUCGGGCACGACGUGCUGCUGAGCGUCUGGUUUGAUACAGGCAAAGGCGCCAUUGGACGAGCCUGCAGCUGAGCGGCCGUCAUACUGAAAAGCCACCAGGCUCCCUGGCAGUGGAGCGAGCUCGUCUUUUCGGCUGGCUGCUGGAUUCGAUUCUACCUGCAGCCGAUAAGCUACACGGUUGUAGACCCUAGACGAGAGAGCCUCUUUCGCGCUGGCCAACGCUUCUUCCAACGCUUCGUCGUCUGCCGUCAACAUGGCGCCGGGCGUCGUCAGUCCUGCGUCCAACUCGCGGAACCAGAGUCCCAACCACAUGGACGAGGAGCCGGAUCCAGGCCCGUCAAACAAUGAAAUCGCCGUCGACGAUGAGGACGCCACUGAUCCUCUGGCCCUGCUCCGGAGCCUUCCAGAGCCGCCCACCACAUGCCAAGUGUGCGUCGUGGGCGCUGGUCCUGCGGGCUUGAUGCUGGCGGCGAACCUCGCCCGCUACGGCAUUGAUGUUGAGGUUGUAGAUGACAGGGCAGAUCAGACGCCGGUUGGCAGAGCGGAUGGCUUACAGCCCAAAUCAAUUGAGACAUUCCGCCAGAUGCGAUUGGCUGAUCCGCUGCUGCAGCGCGGCGUGAGAGUCUUCGACAUCUCCUUUUGGCGCAGCACGGCCGACGCUCCUCUGCAUCGUCUAGGCCGUGAGGUGCAUUACCCUCCCGUCAUCGAUGUUCUGGACCCCUAUAUCCUGCUCGUUCACCAGGGCAUGGUCGAGGGCCUAUUCGUCGACGACCUCAGGAAGCGCGGAAGAGAAGUGCGCCGGAACACAGCCUUUGAAUCCCACUUCGUUCCCAAAUCAGGACCCGUGCAGGUUCGAUGUCACACCAAUGUCAACCAGGAUAAGAGGACCAUCCUGACCAAUUAUCUCGUCGGAUGCGAUGGAGCGCACUCCAAGGUCCGGAAGAACAUGCCCGACGUUGAGGCCGUGGGCAUGUCACAUCCAGACAUCUGGGGUGUCUUGGAUGGCGAGCUCAUCACCAACUUCCCCGACAUUUGGUCCAAGACUCUCGUGUACUCUGAGGAGCACGGCUCAAUUCUCAUUGUUCCUCGGGAGCGUAACAUGACGCGCUUCUACAUCGAACUCAAGGCUAGCGCUCGUGCUGACCGCCGCGAGCUCGGCCAAAAGUUCGUUAUGCAGCAGGCUCGCAAGAUCAUGGCUCCCUUUGAAAUUGAAUGGAAGUACAUUGAGUGGUUCGGGCGAUACCAAGUGGGCCAGCGUGUGGCCAGCCGCUUCACGGACACCAACACCAAGGUAUUCCUUGCCGGAGAUGCCAGCCACACUCACUCCCCCAAAUCGGCACAGGGCAUGAAUACAUCGAUGCACGACUCAUGGAACCUCUCGUGGAAAUUGAACCUGGCGUGCCGUGGACUGGCCAAACCCAAUCUGCUCGAGAGUUACGAGGUGGAGCGCCGCAAGAUCGCCCUGGAUCUCGUCAACUUCGACUACGAGCACGCCAAUCGGAUUGCUGAGGGAGAUGCCGUCAAAAUGGCCGAGAAUUUCAGAGCCAAUGUCCGAUUCAUCUCUGGCAUCGGCGCCGACUACAGCGAGAGCCCCCUCAACAUUACCCGGCCAGAGGAUAACUCGGCCAUUCUGGGUGCUGCUCGCCCGGGAUGCCUCCUACCCCCAGCCAAGGUGUCGCGAUACAUCGAUUCCAACCCCGUGGACGUCCAGCUUGAUAUCCCCAUGCUUGGCCAGUUCCGUAUCUACCUCCUUAUGUGGGAUGUAAUACAGGCAAGGCCAUUCUUGGAGACAUUCUGCCGCUCCAUUGCGACACCCAAGUCCCUGGUGAGCCAGCUUUCCGCCGCCGCAAGCGCAUCUUACGCCAAGCAGCCCAGGAUUCCGGCGCCUGAAGAUGUAUACACACGACCUGAGAGAUAUACCGUAGUCAGCCACUUGUUUACUUUUGCUUUGAUCACCACCAUGCCCAAGUCUGAAAUUGAAAUCUCAGACCUGCCAGCGCUGUUGCAGGACAGCCGGUGGACGUUUUAUCUAGACAACGUCCCCGAGCUAGACACAAGAGGCGCUUUCUGCACGGAGAAGUGGCUUGGAAGCCUCGGCCCCAGCGAGGUCGCCAUCGUCAAUGUCCGUCCCGACGGCUACGUUGGCUCCGUCGGCCGCUGGGACACAAACGUUGACGAGGCUGGCGAGCAGGCGGCGGCGUGGUUGGAUUCUUAUUAUGGCGGGUUUUUGCAAGCCCCAGCCAUGCGAUCUCCCAGUGUGCGAUCUCCUAGCAUGCGAUCUCCUAGCGUGCAAUCCCCAAACAAAGAGUAAAUGAGGUUGCAUUUUCUAGGAGAAUUGGUUGCUCUCUGGAGAGACGGAAAAUAUUGAUAUAUAAAUAUAUGAGAUUGGGGAAAAAAGGGAAUGAAAUGAAACAAAGAGGAGGAAUAUCAAAAGAAGCUCGGAAAAAGGAACUCUCACUGCUUUUUUUUUUUUCUGUUUUUGUCAUAUGGGGGGAUAUUCUGACAUCUCUCCCCAAUCGUUCAUGGCACUUGUCGUUAUUGUUUUUUUGUUUUUUUGCUUGACCACGACAAGGCGAGGAGAAUAUAUGUAAGUUCAUUUUUGUAAACUGCUUCAUUGUCUUUUUUAUAGUUGUUAUACAUACACGAGCUCGGGAAUCGGUGUAGAUACAGCCAGAAGCAUGUAGAAUGGUACCUUGCCUAAUGAAAUGGAAACGAUCGGAGAAAAACCAGGGGAAUUCAGGGCAUUCAGAUUAAAAUUCCCUCGAUCCCCCCCUAACAUACGAGUUUGUGACGCCACAGAUGAACUGAGAACGUUAAUGCGGCUGGGUUAAUGUGGGGUUUUCGGGGUGGAACGUGACCAAGAAAAAGCAUGAGACGUGCGUUUUAACGUGAUGCUCUCUAGUUUCGCCAUCUACCUUUGUAUCCGUCCCAUGGAGAAGGUGACGGAUUAGGUCUCUAGUUGCUACUACUGUUGCUGCUGCCCUUACCACUGAUUGUAUCUUGCAUUAUUAUCCAACGAGUGUUUUGUUAUCAAUAGUUGUUUCACAAUUCAUUUAAUCGCUCUUGCGUGCUUCCCCUCUCAAACGAUUUAGAAGACGAGAAUCAGCACGUCUCCACGAGGAGUCUCCCCAAGGAGCCACCGCUCAUCGCCAAAGAUGCUUCCCCUGCACAUGAUCUGAGGCCACAUCUUCACUCCGAAUGGAACAUCCGUCUGGAGGACCUCCUCCCUGCCCUGGCUCUGCAUCACAUCGGCCAAUUGGUCACUUUGAUGGGAAAAUGGCGAGUUUGAGCUGGAGCUGGAGCCGGAGUGCCUCGAGCCCUCACUCAACCCCUUAACAUUUCUUUUUCUCCUUCUCUUUCGGUGUAUAGGGCCCUCUUUGUUGACGCCCUGGAUAUAGAUCUUAUCCAUUGGAAAGGAAGAGAUGACAGCUAGCAUAAAGCAAUUUCGCGCAACGAUGCGAAUGCCGGCAGGGAUGUCCAAAACUUCGGACAUUGUCAGGUAGGGAAACUCGAUAUGGCGCCAGCAAGGAGCUCGACCGGGCCAUGUUUCCGCGUGCCUGGCCCAGGGUCUUGUUUCGAGAAACGAAUUUGCUGCGGUUGUAUUCGUGACAGUUGUGCCGCUGCUGCUGCCGUCUCUGUUGCCCCCGGCGGCAUUCUCGCCAUCGUCUUCAUAGUCGCUGUCCUCCUCCUCGUAUGUCUCGGUUGCAUGUAUUCUCCAUCUGCUUCUGCGAGAGGGUUGUAUAUUGGCUUCGGUUCCCCCUCGACACUCAUCCACCCACCUUGGCCCCUCGCCGAUCAGCGGUAUCCCCGUCGUCUUGACGAG